AUGUCGUCUGGCUGGCUCGCAAAUUGUGUACAAAAAGGCAAAGUGGCGCAUUCAGACUUGCCCAGCCGCCCGAGGAGCUUCGCCAGCCUCCCUGAUGCGUCCGCCAGGUACGAGAGCCCGCCGGCGUCCCAACUCCAGAGGCUAAUGUGGACCAAGACGGGCAGCGAGUGCAACCACAUGGACCAGGUGCAGCCCAGGAUCUUCUUAGGAGACAUGUACGCCGCCAAAGACAAGCGCAGCCUGAAGGCGCACGGCAUCAGCCACGUUCUGAAUGCCGCCCACGGGAAGUUCAACGUCAAUACGGGCGCCACCUUCUACCGCGACGUCAAGGUGGCGUAUCACGGCGUGGAAGCCUUCGACAUGGUCACCUUUGACCUCAGCGUUUUCUUUUACCGGGCGGCCGACUUUAUCCGGAGCGCCUUGAGUUCGCCCACGGGGCGAGUGCUGGUGCACUGCGCCAUGGGGCUGAGCCGCUCGUCCACGUUGGUGCUGGCCUACCUGAUGAUCCACGAGCGGAUGACGCUGGCGGAGGCCAUCGUGGCAGUCAGCGUCAAGCGCAACAUCGCACCCAACCGCGGCUUCCUGGAGCAGCUGCGGGCGCUGGACGUCGAGCUGCAGUCCCCCAGACACAAAGCCACCGGGGGAACUUGAAAACAGAGCAAAACAAUUUGUUUACGUCCAGAUACACACGUUUUUAUGUCAAUGUUUCCUCAAAAUUAAAAUUGUUGCUCACAAUGA